AUGGGCAGCACUCCCAGCUCGCUGCACUACGACGGCACGCAAGUGUCGCUCCUUCCGCAGUUUGUUCCAUUGGCGAAAUGCGUCACCGUGAGUCAGGUGGAAGCACUUGGAGACAAGCUGAGUGCGACGACAAAGACAGCGUUCUGUACGGUGGACGAGUUCCGAGAUCUGAUGGGACUUGGACCUCAUCUCGACCUGUACUUGCGGUACCUCUUUGAAUCGCUCAAGACAACGCCAGAGUCAGAAAAAAUCCACGUGAUGGACUUGCUUGCGGCGCUUGCCGUGUGCACGUCGACGAGUGCGUCACUUAGGGACAAACUCGACGUGCUCUGCACACUCUUCACGCACAAGACAGCGCAGCGUUUGAAGGAGAGCGACGUCGCUAUUCUGUUUUUCAGUGCCGUCAACGGUCUCAAAAAGAUCACGAUUGGCUUGGAAGACACUUGGAACGCCACUGGGCGGUCCACGAGAGACAUUGCCAAGGAGCUCACGUCGGCGUGUUGUCUCGACAUGGUGGACGGCCACCAAGUGACCAAACCGUCGCUGCCGCGUACCGAAUUUAUUGCGUGGUGCCUCACGUACAAGCCAGUGGUGUACGUGCUUCGGCACUUCAUCCCUGGUGACAUCCUGAACCCGUCGACGGUGCUGGCCAACUCGUCUUUCUACUCCAAGCUCGCCAAGCAAACCAAACUGUACGAGACGCUGCUAGGUACGAUGAACCCGUCCGAGAACCUGCGCAUCGAGAGCCUGGUCCAAGCCACGGCCACCGUCAAGAUCCAAGCAAUGUGGAAGCGUCACGUCGCACGACGGGUGAUGGGCGAGAAGCGCGCAGCCAAGAAUUCAACCAUGAACGGCGCUGCGAUUACGAUCCAAAACUACGCAAAGAAGAAGAAGAACUUUGUCGCCGUCAUGCAACGCGCCGCCGUGGAACGCAUGGCAUUGAACGGCGCGCUGCUCACGUUUGGUUCAGGCAUUGGCGUUGGCUCGGGGAACUUGUCAAAGCAAACCAGUGGUCGCGGCGCAGACAUGGUCGCCGAGCUCAAGCUUCAGGGUGUGCGGUCGCGCAAGGCCUUUGUCAGUUCGUCCUGCACGUUUGUGGACACGGACCAAGGAUGGAUGAUGUGGGGGCAGUGCCUGCCCAUGUAUAGCCCCGACACGCAAUCGACGACGUUUUCGCACGCGGUUCCAAAACACAUUGAUUUGAAAGUCGACGUCGCGAGUGUCGCUUGCGGCCGCGGCCAUUGCCUUGUCUUGGAUACGGCGGCGAUGGUGCACAGUUGGGGAUGGAAUGAUCAUGGCCAGACAGGGCACGGAUCCACUCGAGUGUUUCGGGCACGCCAUGGCGGUCGGUCGUACAAGACGUACUACGACGAGCGAACGGGGCACUCGGUUGAAUACUUGGACGCUCCGUUGAAGUUGCCGUACUUCACCGGUGACAUGGAGCAGGACGCGCUGCCGAUUCCAAUUCGGCAAAUCGCCGCCGGUGACUUUUUUUCGAUGGUGCUCAGUACGGACGGCCAAGUGUUUUCGUGGGGCGAAGGGUCGGAUGGCCAACUUGGACUCGGCCUAGACUGUCCGUUUGAAGUGGGCUACGUCGAGAAGCGACUGGCGCACUCGGCGUUUACAUUCACCCACGAACCGCGGGCAGUCGCCGGCUUGAGCCAUGUCCAAUCCAUUGCAGCGUGUGGCAAUCGCAGCACGGCGCUGACAGUGGACCAGCGCGUGUUUGAGUGGGGCGACUGGGGGCGUAUGCUGGGCGAACACACAGAGCCCGCGUUUCAGCCUGUGGAAAAGGACGGUGCGAGUGGCCUCGGGCUGUGCAAAGUCGCCAUUGGCGCGGAGCACACCGUGGCGGAAGGCGCAAGCGUGUGGCUCGACUUGCCCGAAAAGAAGGCGUUUUCAUGUUUUGUCAUGCUGGCCGAACACGCGUGCUCGAUUGACACGAUGCGACGUCUCGACGAAGUGCAAGUCGUCUCGCUGGGCUUUCACUUUGACGAUUGUGAAGACGACCAGGCGGACUUGCCCAAGCCCGCGACUCUCUCGCGCAUGGACAGCGACGGCCGGCAGUCGUCUGCCUCGACGUCGUCGAACAUGGACUCGAUGGACUCGAAAGAGAUCGAGCAGUCCAUUUUGUCGUUGUUAGACCAGCUCUGGGUGAACCGUGCCCACGACUAUGUGCCAUCUUUGGACCGCAUGAAAACAGAGCAUCCGUCGAUGCAAUCGUUGCAGUGGCCACUUGCCGUCAAAACCGGCACCCUUUGCUACAACGACAUCGUCGAUGAAAUCCUCAUCGACAUCGCUGGACGGGUCGUUUGCAUCGACGUGUGCCCGCCUGAAGGGUAUUACGUCGAGCUCAUCGCGGGGAACGCCGUCCUCUUGGAAGUCCCGACAUGUCCGACCAGUACCAGCCGCCGCGUGACGAACCGCGGCGUUUGGUCGAGCCUGGUGGGCGUGUCUUCCGCAGCAAUGUCCCCAUCAAUCGAGAAUCAAGUCGCCCUCAUUCAGUUCACCCCGGACGAUCUGUGCAUGAAAGCAGCGAUGCUACGCCAAGACAACGUCGUCGACUGCAUUACGGCAUCGCUUGCACAAAAGGUUGUUGCGCUGCAGGAAGCGGGGGCCCUCGCCGUCGUCGUCGGGUUUGAUUUUCACAAUACGGAGCCGUUCAUGGUCGACUUGCCAGUGGAUGAAGGUUUGUACAUCCCGGUCUUCCUGCUUGACGUGGCCCGAUACGAGCAAGUAAACACGUGCUUGGCGUCGCGAGAGGGCCCUGUGGACGUUCGUAUGUUUCACAGACCAGAUAACACGCCCCGCCUCAUUCGCGCAGCGCUGCAGCAUGGCGCCGCGGGAGUCCUCCUGCACCAGCGCGCCCCCGUCAGCCCGUCGUCGUCCUUCGAGGAAGAUACAUCCCAGGGCGAUCCGUACAUCUAUCCGCAUCCAUUUGAUACGAACGAGGCGCCGUUCGUCGGGAUGGUGUCGCAUUGUCACGGCCAAGUCUUGCGGCUCGCCACACAUCUCGACCAAACCAAUCACAUGGUCGUGGCGGCAAAGUUCCGCGUCCAGGAUCGAGGUCAGUUCUACUCGUGGGGGUGCGCAGCCAACGGCCGCCUCGGCGUCGGCGCUAUGGCCGCCCACCCCCAUCUCACGGACGGCUACGACGCGCGCACAGACUCGUCGUACCGAUGUGCGACACUCCCUGUGGUUGUCCCAGCGCUAUGCGGCCGUGACAUUGCUGACGUUGUGUGCGGCGCAGCGCACUCGAUGGCGCGAACGUCCACGGGUCGGGUGUUUACGUGGGGGCAGGGCAAGGCCGGUCAGCUAGGCCAUCGCGAGUCCACCGACAAGGCAGUGCCUACGCUAGUCACGCAGCUAGGCUACGAAGUCGUGGUCGAAAUGGCGGCCAACGACAUUUGUUCAACCGUUGUGUGCGAGACCCUCCCGACGGACCGGUACGACCAGCGCCGCAAGGAAAUCCUAUUGCUCAAGGCGGCCAAGCGGAAAGGAUAGCUGAUGACGACAUGAGCGAGUUGUUCCAUGAGUUAUUUGACAUCUUUGGCGAG